AGAGGUGUCUGUCUGCGUUGUUCAAAAUCAUGCCUCGCUCAAAAGCUGCCCUUUCCAAGGCUCUCUCCGGGAGGAACGCUUGUAUGCAGGAGAUCAUAGCGGCAGUCAUGGUCGCUGCUGCCGCCGCCACUAUCAAUUACGCUAUAUCGGGGCCUGAGUACCACCACGUGGCACCCCGGGGCACCGACGGCUACUACCUCAUCCGCUCUUUAAACCUGACCAAGGGUAGGUGUCGCUUUCGUCUGCGUAACAUGACUACAUGCUGAAAGAUACGUACGGUCCAUUUCAUUUCCUCCUUGGUACUCUUCUCCAGGUUCCCAAUGGAUAUGCAAGGAACAGUGCUUCUGGAGUCUUAGGGUGUUGUGUGACUGUGGGAUUACUUGAUACACUCACAUCCACUGUUCUUAUCGCCUUCCUUCAGUCUUAAGUUUUCUGAUCUGCGAGGAGUAUGUCAGUCAUCUGCUUUCUGUAAGGAUCGGGAGAUCAGAUGACUUAACAAUGGGAGACAAAACAAGACAAGUGGAAAGUGAGGACACCAGGUUAUGCUCAUAACUGUGUCUUAUGCUCAUGACCUUUGUACAUUUGCAAUGUAUGUGUGUUAUCAGGAGGCCCGCUGGAACACCUCAUUCUGCAGUGUAACAAGCAUUGCCUGGCAAAUGACUCCUGCACUUCCUUUGUGGUGAAUUCCAGGCUGGGCACCUGUAAUCUGACUAUACUGAACCGCUGCAAAAGCAGACCUAACGCCCUGGACUUCGCUCAAGGUGAGUCCUGAUGAGGCACUCACUGAGGCUGCUCUCCUUCACCACACUGCGUCUCGCCGACACUCACUGAUCGUCCUUCUCUCCUUGCUGACAGAUUACUUUUUCUUCGAGAGGUAUGAUAGUUCUACGCCCUAUCCACCCACCUGCUACGCUUCCUGCAUGAUAAGAGAGGCCUACGACUGUAACAAGUGUGGGCGACCCAACUGCUGGGGUGAUCAGUGUGAGCAAUGCGCCUCCACCUGCUGGAAGAGAAUAGACAAGACCGAAAACAUAACUAAAUUUUUAAUGGAUAACCAACGAUUUAGUUCAAAGUUGUCCUGUAACGGUAACUGGCAGCUGUGGUGGGGAAAGCGUAUAAAGGUAGCCAAGCCCACCCCGGAAGAAGCGUUGGUGUUGCAUCUCAUCCUCGUCUAUACGGACGGGCGAGAACUCAGCUCGUAUUUCGACUCAGUGGCCUUUGAAGAAUCCGGUGAACUUAGUGUGGGCAACCUGACUAUAGACAAAGGGGCCGGGAACUGGUGGCAGGCGCCUUUUUCUAAUCGGCCACUGCGUCGCCUCUACAACAGCAACUGUCGUCCAUUCUACACACCCAACGACACGUGCGUCUCUCACACGACAGAGUCCGUGGAGGAGCAGCGAGAACUCUACAACGGUACAGUAUUGUAUCUAGGCUACGCUUGGCUCACCGGUGAACAGAGUUACGACAACGUUCCAAUCCUCCACAUCAAUAUGUGGGUGAAGUGUGCCCAGUGUGAGGACUAGUACCCUUGAAGCGAGGACUGAGGCAAGGCAACGGGUGGGCGACCAGCUCUGUAAACUAUUGUUCAUGAUGUGUGAACUAAUGAUAAUGAAAAUAUUGUUCUAAAUGUGUGAUCCCAUAAGGAGUUAAUUCUAAAUGUUUGAGUAUACGGUACACAUUCUGAUUAAAGUAUUGUUCCUAAUGUGUGAUCUAAGGAGGCGUUAAUGUUAAAUGUUUGAGAAUACGGUGCACAGUCUGAUUGGCAACAGCCUUAGUCACUGAGUUGCACCGUGAGGGUUGUGAACCUUGCAACACUUUUCCCUUAUCUUCAUCUCUAUGGAGCACGGCUAGACUCGUCUUUAUGGCAUAUCGUUGUUCUAUUUCUUGUUUUAUAUAUAUGGUUUUUGUCCUGUAUUUACUGUAUUUUAUUUAUUUAUUUAUUUUAUUUAUUGAUGACUAAUCUAUUUCCUGCAGUGUCAAAGAAGAGAAAAACAAGAACAAAACCAGAAGAAUAACAAAAAGGAUAAAGGAAAAGAAAAAAUCUAAUCACGUCAAUAGAACGCUAAGUAAAGUUACCGCAGAAAUACAUUCGUUUUCUUCCCGAGUCGGUUUUCUCGUCUAAGACAGAAUUUUCAAGGGUAGGUAGUGUAACUUUGACUCCUUAGCUAGUCUGUAUUGCCUCCUCAGACGAAAUUGCUUGUAAGGACAUAAGAAAUCUAUUUUCCACAUCAAGACUCGCGGAACAAACUGCAGUGCUCUGUUUGACCACAGCGAGG